CCAGGAAGUUCGUACCUGGUCACCAGAGACAGCGCCGAGAGAGCGACUUCCUGGGGCGAUGCCGAGGCGACCCCAGUUAUGUCAUGCCCAGACCAUCAGAGGACCACAUGAGGAUUUAUAGAAGAUGCCCCGGGUCUUGGCACCCCUGGUGCUCCUCCUGGCGUGGCUGAGGGCUGUGUCUGGCAGUCCACACUCCCUGCGGAUCGCCGCCAUUUUGGACGACCCGAUGGAGUGCAGCAGAGGCGAGCGACUGUCCAUCACCCUGGCCAAGAACCGAAUCAACCGAGCUCCAGAGCGAGUGGGGAAGGCCAAGGUGGAGGUGGACAUCUUCGAGCUUCUGAGGGACAGUGAAUACGAGACAGCCGAGACCAUGUGCCAGAUCCUCCCGAAGGGAGUGGUGGCGGUCCUGGGGCCCUCCUCCAGCCCGGCCUCCAGCUCCAUCAUCAGCAACAUCUGCGGGGAGAAGGAGGUGCCCCAUUUCAAAGUCGCCCCUGAGGAAUUGGUCAAGUUCCAGUCCCAGCGGUUCACCACCUUGAACCUGCACCCCAGCAACACGGACAUCAGCAUGGCUGUCGCUGGGAUUCUGAACUUUUUCAACUGCACAACGGCCUGCCUCAUCUGUGCCAAAGCUGAAUGCCUCUUAAACCUGGAGAAGCUGCUCCGCCAGUUCCUCAUCUCCAAGGACACGCUCUCCGUCCGGAUGUUGGAUGACAGCCGGGACCCCACUCCGCUCCUCAAGGAGAUUAGGGACGAUAAGACGGCCACCAUCAUUAUCCAUGCCAACGCCUCCAUGUCCCACACCAUCCUCCUCAAGGCCGCCGAGCUGGGAAUGGUGUCGGCCUAUUACACAUACAUAUUCACAAAUCUGGAGUUCUCUCUCCAGCAACUGGACAGCCUUCUGGAUGACCGGGUUAACAUCCUGGGAUUCUCCAUUUUCAACCCAUCCCAUGCCUUCUUCCAAGAGUUUGCCCACAGCCUCAACCAGUCGUGGCAGGAGAACUGUGACCACGCUCCCUUCACGGGGCCCGCGCUCUCCUCAGCCCUGCUGUUUGAUGCCGUGUACGCCGUGGUGAGUGCCGUGCAGGAGCUGAAUCGGAGCCAGGAGAUCGGCGUCAAGCCCCUGUCCUGUGGCUCGGCCCAGAUAUGGCAGCAUGGCACCAGUUUAAUGAACUACCUGAGAAUGGUAGAAUUGGAAGGUCUCACCGGCCACAUCGAAUUCAACAGCAAAGGUCAGAGGUCGAACUACGCCCUGAAAAUCCUGCAGUUUACAAGAUACGGCUUCCGGCAGAUCGGCCAGUGGCACGUAGCUGAAGGGCUGAGCAUGGACAACCACCUGUCAGCCACCAACGUCUCAGACAGCCUCUUCAACACCACGCUGGUCGUCACCACCAUCCUGGAAAACCCGUACUUAAUGAUGAAGGGGAACCACCAGGAGCUGGAAGGCAACGACCGCUACGAGGGCUUCUGCGUGGACAUGCUGAAGGAAUUGGCAGAGAUCCUGCGCUUCAACUACCAGAUCCACCUGGUCGGGGACGGAGUGUACGGCGUGCCCGAGGCCAACGGCACCUGGACGGGCAUGGUCGGAGAGCUGAUCGCCCGGAAAGCGGACCUGGCGGUGGCGGGCCUCACCAUCACGGCCGAGCGGGAGAAGGUGAUUGAUUUUUCCAAACCGUUCAUGACUCUGGGAAUCAGCAUCCUUUACCGAGUUCAUAUGGGCCGCAGACCGGGCUAUUUCUCCUUUCUGGACCCUUUCUCGCCGGGGGUCUGGCUGUUCAUGCUCCUCGCCUACCUGGCCGUCAGCUGUGUGCUCUUCCUGGUGGCUCGGCUGACGCCUUACGAGUGGUACAGUCCUCAUCCGUGCGCUCAGGGUCGCUGCAACCUCCUGGUGAACCAGUACUCCCUGGGGAACAGCCUCUGGUUUCCCGUGGGCGGCUUCAUGCAGCAAGGCUCCACCAUCGCCCCCCGUGCCCUAUCCACUCGCUGCGUCAGCGGAGUCUGGUGGGCGUUCACCUUGAUCAUCAUCUCAUCUUAUACGGCCAACCUGGCGGCCUUCCUGACGGUGCAGCGGAUGGACGUGCCCAUCGAGUCCGUGGACGACCUGGCCGACCAGACGGCUAUCGAGUACGGCACAAUUCAAGGAGGCUCCAGCAUGACCUUCUUCCAAAACUCCCGCUACCAGACGUACCAGCGGAUGUGGAACUACAUGUACUCUAAGCAGCCGAGCGUGUUUGUGAAGAGCACGGAGGAGGGGAUCGCCAGAGUGUUGAAUUCCAACUACGCCUUCCUGCUGGAGUCCACCAUGAACGAGUACUACCGCCAGCGCAACUGUAACCUCACCCAGGUCGGGGGCCUACUGGACACCAAGGGCUAUGGGAUCGGCAUGCCAGUAGGCUCUUUCUUCCGGGAUGAAUUUGACCUGGCGAUUCUCCAGCUGCAAGAGAACAACCGUCUGGAAAUUUUGAAGCGAAAGUGGUGGGAAGGAGGGAAAUGUCCCAAAGAGGAAGAUCACAGAGCCAAAGGCCUGGGGAUGGAAAACAUUGGUGGAAUCUUUGUGGUUCUUAUUUGCGGUUUAAUUGUGGCCAUAUUUAUGGCUAUGCUCGAGUUUUUAUGGACCCUUCGGCAUUCAGAUGCGGCAGAGGUGUCGGUGUGCCAGGAGAUGGUCACGGAGCUACGCAGCAUCAUCCUGUGUCAGGACAAUGUCCACCCCCGCCGGCGACGCGGGGGGACCUCCCGGCCCCGCACCCCCCUCCCGGAGGAGCCGCGCCCGCGGGGAGGACCCCCCGUGCUCAGCAACGGGCAGCUGUGUGGCGGCAGCCAGCCGGACCCGCUGGCCCAGAGACUGGCACAGGAGGCUGCCCUGGUGGCCCGCGGCUGCACCCACAUCCGGGUGUGUCCCGAGUGCCGUCGCUUCCAAGGCCUACGCGCCCCCUCCACCCCGGUCACGGUCCCGGCCCCGGCCCUGGCCCCGGCCCCGGCCCCCAGCAACGACAGCCUCCAGUGGGACAAGGCCACCAGCAGCAGCGGGCCGGACUAGGCCCCCGCCCUCCCCGUGGCCAUGGAGGAGCCCAGCACAGACUUGUACAGCGUCCAAACUCCUGUCCAUCUUCCCCACGCUAUACAUGGUCAAAGC